UCAAGUGGUGUGCGCUGAAACCAGAGUCGCCAGAGUUCAUAUCCGAGCACAAUCGCAGGAGAGCAGAGAAUGGCAGAUCACAGCCAGUUCCCUGGUCCGUAGCGUUUCCAUGUGUAUGUCUACACGCACACACGCGCAGGCGCACGCCGACCUCCCUGGAGAAGAUACUACUGCCAUCGGUGACAUCGCCAUGACGACCUUGAACCCCACGGCCCCUGAGAGCCCCGGUGGCCCCGCCGUGGCCCGCUCCCCGCCCGCUCCCCCGGCGGGGCCGGUGGGGGGGGCGGCGUGGGAGACGGAGGGGCCGGUGUUGGUGCAGUUCCAGCUGGGUCUCUCCAGAGAGGUGGUGCGCGUUGCCGGGGGAAACGUCAGCUACCGCCACGCCAAGAGGCUGGCCAUGGAGAUCAUCGCCCGCAAGGCCCCCUACUGCAGCGUGGUGGGCCCGGGGGAGAGGAUCCUGCUGUUCAGACACCAGCAGGGUCUGCAGCGCCUGGCCCAGAGCGACGAGCUGCAGAACGGAGACCUCAUCGAGGUCAUCAUCGCAGAGUCGGCCGGCGUGACGGAGAUGAAGAUCCGCCCCCACUCUCUGGCGGUGCACUCGUACCGCUCCCCCACCUUCUGCCACCACUGUGGGGAGAUGCUGUGGGGGCUGGUCCGCCAGGGCCUGAGAUGUGAAGGCUGUGGGCUGGACUUCCACAAGCGCUGUGCCUUCAUGCUGCCCAACGACUGCAGCCACACCAAGCGUCACAUCGCUGCCAGCCUCUCCCUGUUCCCGCCCCGGAGACCCAGGGCGCCCUCCCUCUCCUCGCAGACAGGGGGCAGUCUAGAGGAGAUCAGCCUAUCCAAGCCCAACUCGCGGCCGGCCUCGUGGGCGGAGCCUCCGAUGUGGCUGGGGGUGGGCUACGGCGACGUGGUGAAGACCAAGGUCCCUCACACCUUCCACAUCCACAGCUACACCAAGCCCACCGUCUGCCAGUACUGCCACCGGCUGCUCAAGGGCCUCUUCCGACAGGGGCUGCAGUGCACCGACUGCAGGUUUAACUGCCACAGACGCUGUGAGCUGCUGGUCCCUCGAGACUGUCCUGGGGAUAGGAGAGGCAGCUCUGAACAAGACUCCACAGCCAAUCACAGCGGCAAAGAGGAGAGCGAGGACACAGAGUCGGACCUCGUUAGUAUGACAUCACUGGACAGCAGUGAUGAGGAGACGCAUGCUGAUGAAGACCCAUUGGCUGACAGCCAGGCAGCUUUGCUCCAGCAACCACCAAUCGGUCCGUGUUUCAGCAGCUUCAUCCCCCUGAUGAGGGUAGUGCAGUCUGUGCACCAUGCUAAGAGGAGAGCUAGCUGUGUGCUGAGGGAGGGGUGGCUGCUGCACCACACUCACAUCGACACGCUGAGAAAACGUCACUACUGGGUGUUGGACUGGAAGAGCAUCACUCUGUACCAGAACGAAGGCAGCAGCAAGUUCUACAAGGAGAUCCCUCUCUCGGAGGUGCUGCAGGUCCGGGGCCCCACGGAGCUCUCGGUGGCCGGGUUGCCGGGCAACCGGCCCCACUCGCUGGAGGUGGUGACGGGCCCGGUGGUGUACUGCGUGCAGGUGCAGAAGGACGCCCAGGCCUGGGAGCGGGACCUGCGGCGGGCCCUCAUGCCCAUGCUGUGCAGCGGCGACGGGGCCAUGGUCGAACGGGCCAACCAGGGGGGAGCUGGUGGUGGUGGAAAGGCCCCAGGAGUGGGGGGCCGAGGCCUGCACAGAGAAGCGAGUGCAGACAUCAGCCUCGUGUACCAGAUCAUAACGGACGAGAUGCUGGGCUCAGGCCAGUUCGGCGUCGUGUUCGCAGGUACCCACAGGACGUCGGGCCGCUCGGUGGCCAUCAAGGUGAUCGACAAGAGACGCUUCCCCUCCCACCAGGAUGGCCAGCUGAAGAACGAAGUCACUAUCCUACAGAACCUGUCCCACCCCGGGGUGGUGCAGAUGGAGGCCAUGUUUGAAACGGUGGAGCACAUCUUCGUGGUGAUGGAGAAGCUCCACGGGGACAUGCUGGAGAUGAUCCUGUCCAGUGAGAAGGGCCGCCUCCCCGAGCGCAACACCCGCUUCCUGGUCACCCAGGUCCUGGAGGCGCUCCGGUACCUGCAUCUGAAGCACAUCGCCCACUGCGACCUGAAGCCGGAGAACGUCCUGCUGGCCUCCACCGACCCCUUCCCCCAGGUGAAGCUGUGCGACUUCGGCUUCGCCCGCAUCAUCGGGGAGAAGUCGUUCCGCCGCUCGGUGGUGGGCACGCCGGCGUACCUGGCCCCCGAGGUGCUGUGCAGCGGCGGCUACAACCGCUCUCUGGACAUGUGGUCGGUGGGCGUGGUGGCCUACGUCAGCCUCAGCGGCACCUUCCCCUUCAACGAGGACGAGGACAUCGGCCAGCAGAUCACCAACGCCUCCUUCAUGUACCCCCGCCAGCCCUGGGCCACCAUCUCCCUGGAAGCGGUGAGUCUGAUCAGCAACCUGCUGCAGGUGUCUGUGAGGAGGAGGUACAGUGUGGGCAAGGCCCUGGGACACCCCUGGCUGCAGGACUUCCAGCUGUGGUGUGACCUGCGGGCGUUUGAGCAGCGCGUGGGAAGCAGGUACCUGACCCACGAGGGUGACGAGGAGCGCUGGCGGCGCUACGCCCAGGAGAGGGCGCUGGUGUUCCCCCCGCAGCUGUGCUGCGAUGCGGGCAGCAGCCGCCCCGUCUGACCUGGCGUUAUUCGUGGUUAUUAAAGUUAUUAAAAGGGACAUUUUGUAUUGGUCAUUCUUUUUUUUUUUGAUUGGUCAAGAAAAAAUAUUCUGGGGUCCACGUACCGAUGUAGUCGCAUCUGUCGUUUUUUAUUGGUCGUCAUGAAAAAAAACGUAAGGGAUAACACUGUUGUUUAUUUAUCGAAUAAAACAUGAGGUGCCACACUGUUGUGGCACUGUCACGUUAAAAUUGUACCGGGGGCGAAAAUUGUACCGGCCUACGUCAUCUGUUGUUUACAUCUUGACAACCUGCCUGGUAACAGACGACGCGAUCGUCUGUUGCCGGGCAGGUUGCAAAAAACAUUCGGCUCAUGUUUCCAAAAGACGAAAUAACAUAAUACAGAUAACGGAUCGCUAGAUAACACUUGUUUUUACUUUAUAUUUGUAUUGUAUUUAAUUGUUUAAUCGAAUAGCAAAAGACGACGCGAUCGUCUGUUGCCGGGAAACGGGCGAUCGCGUCAAAUGACGUAGGAAGGUUCUUGAACAUUCAUAAAUGCGAUUAAACAAUUAAAUACAAUACAAAUAUAAAGUUAGCAACGCCAAUAAAUGUUAAUGGUAAAAUAAGUGUUCUGUCUUGUCACGCUCAAUGAAGGAGUGCAAUGAACGAGCAUGAAAGUUCGCGAAUGUUCAAGAACCUUGUACACGUCAUUUGACGCGAUCGCCCGUUUCCCGGCAACAGACGAUCGCGUCGUCUGUUACCAUGCAGGUUGUCAAGAUGUAAACAACAGAUGACGUAGGCCGGUACAAUUUUCGCCCCCGGUACAAUUUUAACGUGACCGCACCAAAAAACAGUGUUUUUUUCAUGACGACCAAUUAAAAAAAAAGGGGGAACACUGUCGUUUUUAAUUGGUCGU